UUGUUUGUGCCGUUUCCACAACAACUUCCCUCGAGCAGAAUCAGUGGAUUUUCAGUUCGGAGGAAGAUUGAGGGAAAGUAAAGCGGUAUAAGAAGUUCCCUAAACAAGUGUAGGUGUAUGUAAAAAAGGAAAUAGAGUAAUUUUAGCGCUGGUUGUUGAUAUUUUGAUAGCAUAUUUUCGUUCAAAAUGGAGGACAUCGUGAGUGAACUAAACUUUGAUGAAGGCAUUGCGAUGCCAGUGGCAAAUCUGGAGAAUAAACAGCUGGAAAGUGAGGUAACUGAGACCCAGAAGAACAUCACAACUUACAAAGAGCAGCUCGAUGAACAUGCUGACAGAAUCUAUGCUAUGAGUGAACAUCUCAGAAAUGUACAGCAGGAACUACAACACACACAGGAUUUGCUUAAUGCAAGGAAAAGAGAGAUAGGGACUGAAAAUCACUUGAUGCAGAUAGCUCAAAGAGAGGAAGGAAGACUCAACAAUGAGAUCAGGAGGAUCAACAAUGAAAUAAAAGAUUUAACAGAAAAAAGGAAUAUCAUAGAAAACAAUAUUUUCAAGAACACACAGAGGCUGGAAGAUCUUAAAAGUCAGAUGAACUGGGACCAGAAAGCAUUGGAAGCAUGGCUGGAAGAAUCUGCAAGGAAAGAUGAGGAUGCAUUGACACUACAAAAGUACACUCGUUCAGAUGAAGGCAAAGUGAAGGAAUUAACAUUAAGGAUGGAAAGAAUGACAGAUGAUGCAACUAAGAAGAAAAGGGAACUGGAGCAUGAAUUAACUCUUACCAUGACAGCCCAGAUUGAAUUAGACAAGACAGCAGAAGAGUUCCGCAAGGCACACAGUGAGAGACAAGAAUUGCUGCGUCAGUGGGAGAACACUAUUGAACAGAUGCAGAAAAGAGACAGAGAGAUGGAUCAACUGGCUGUGAAACUUGCUGAAGUUAAACUAGAAGUCAGAGACAGAGAAGAGCAGGUCCAAGAAAAACAGAAAUUUCUGGAGAGUGAGCUUGCUAACAACCAAGAAAAAGAGAAGAAAGUUGGAGUGGCUGAAAGACAGGCGGCCAAAUUGCGUCUGGAGUACCAGGAUGCUGAACAAAUUAGGAUACAGUUUCAAGAUGAGCUUGACACACUGAAAUACACUGUGGACAGGACAGCAAGAGAUCUUGAAAGUGCCAGGCAUAAACAUAAUCUGCUCAAGAAAGAAGUUACCAACAGAACAGAAAGGCUUGAUAGAGUGCAAAAGGAGCGAGAUGAUCUGCGGCAUCAGCUGAAAAUUGUUACUGAUGAGACUCUCACUGCAGAAGAAAAAGCUCAAAGAAUGGACAUGCUGUUAAAGGAAGAAGAAACUCGUAUUUAUGAUGUGGAAAAACAGCUUGCCAGACUUCGUGAAACUCAGUUCAGAAAAACAGAGGAACUGCAUGAAUGUAAAGUUUUGGAAAACAAUACUGCAGCUGAAAUUCAGGGUGCAAGAGCUGCCAGUAGGAACUUGAGCAGUAAACUACACAAACUUGAUCAGGAAUCACUCAAACAACAGGAAAUUAUUUAUAUGCAGGAUUUUCAACUGCAACAGUUGGAGCGAAGAAUAAGCCGCAUGCAGGGAGAGCGAAGUAAUGAAGAGAAACUGCAACUUGAGGCCAGAAUAAAGGAUCUAAUGUCUCAGAUGGAGGAACACAACUCCACUCACGCACUUCUCAGUGCUCAAAUGAAGAACUUGAACGAUGAUCUUAGACGUGCAAACCGAGACUUAAAUAAAGGAAAAGAAGAAAUGAAGACUCUCACCAGCAAAAUUGAGGAACUGAAUCUACAUAAUGACAGCUCAGAGAGAGAGAGGAAGAAAGUUGUUACAUUAAAACAGGAUCUUAUGGUGGAUGAGAAUAUUCUGAAGCUGGAAAUCAAACGCCUCAGAGAAACUCUAAGCAACAAAGCAGACAAUGUGCUUAACCUCGAAAAGAGGAAACUGCAGUUGGAAACGGCGAUGAAACAGCGGCGCCAUGAAAUAAACAUUCAUAAAGACAUGCUCCAAGCACAGAUCAAAUCUUCAGAGGAAGAGAGACAGACAGUCAGCUCCGAGUUACAUGAACGGAUAUCUAAGAUUGACAAAUUGCGGAAAAGGUAUGAAAUCCUGAUGAUCUCAAUGGCGCCUCCCGAGGGGGAGGAGGAAAGGUCUCAAGCCUAUUACGUUAUCAAGGCAGCUCAGGAAAAGGAGGAGCUGCAGCGAGAGGGAGAUGAACUGGAUGCUAAGAUCAGAAAGGCUGAGAAAGAGAUACGAGCUUUGGAAAACACAUUGCGGCUGAUGAACGGCCGGAACGAGACUUACCGGAAAAGUUUUAACAAAGUGGACGAGAUGAGUGAAGAGUAUGACGAGAAACAGCGUUUGGAGGAUCAGAUGCGAGCUGUGAUGGAUAAAUAUAAAUACAAACGACGGCAAAUCCGUGAGUUACAGGAAGACCUGGGCUCUAUGGAGGGCACCUUGGAAAACUUGACCGCGGACGAGCAAGGCUUGGUUGAGGUCAUCACUGAGAAGCAGGCCAAGGCGACAAAUUUACAGAAGGAAUUGGAUGAUCAGAAGACAAAGAAAGACCGAGCUUCCCGGGAGGCUAGCAAGAUUGCGCGCUCCGUAAGGAGUGCCAAGAAAAGUUCAGGGGAACUUCACGAGGAAAAGGAUAUGGAUUUGAGAGAGUUGAGGGACUUUAAUACGCGCACCAUGAAACAAAUGGGCGAGGUGUUACACAGUCAUCCGGAUCUAGGACCCAGUGUCCAGAUCUAUUUCAGCCAGGCAGGGUUACCAAUGCCUCCUUCCCCAGGUCCUGGUAUGUCGCGGCCAACAUCUUCUCGUAGCUCGCGGAGUUCUGGGACGUUGUCGUCUGCUCGAUCUGAUAUCUCAACUGGCAGCCGCCGAGGUGUUGGUACUGUUGAUGUUGGAGCUCUGGCUCUUGCGGGUGCUGCAAGCCCCACUGGCGCAGGGAGUCCGAAGCCAGGUGUCUCUCCUACAAGCAGUGCGCGAGGAAAGAAAACGAGCUCAAGGCCUGGCUCAGCGGCUGGUUCCAAGGCCUCCUCCCGUGUGAGCAGCGCGGCCAGUCGUCGUAGCACGGAUCGUCGUUAAAUUAUAUAUUUAUUUUUCGUUCAAAAUUCUUUGUUCAUACUUUUCAUAAUCAUUACUGAGGUCACCUUUAAAAUGUUUUGUAAAUACGCAUGUAAAUAGUGAGCAACUCUUUUGUAAU